AAACAAGCGAGCCUCGAAUUAAUACACCUGCUGUCUGAAAUGCCAGAAAAAGCGCAAAUUAAUUUUUUCUCGUUUUGUUUGACAAAUCUUGCGGAGGAUAAUGACAAAGUGCAAACAGGAUGUUUUAUCACAGACUAGUUCCAGGUCUCUUCCUAUUCGGAAGAGCAGGUGUUGGAUCGACAAGAUGGCAGAAGGCGCGCUUACAAAGGCCGUUAACAAGAAGUACCCUGGUUUUACUUACGAAACAGAAGGGAGGUGGCAAGGUCCUUUCUGUUUCAUCCAUGCUGCAGACACGCAAUUUGGUCUGAUCGAUUCAUGGAAUGAAGUCCCGCUUGCUGAGCAAACAUGGGCGAAGGAGAUCGUCCUGACGCGAAAGGCCAUUUCGGCCGCAAACAAGUUGUCACCGAAACCACGGUUCUUUGUGGUUUGUGGUGACUUGGUGAACGCUUUUCCUUGGGAACAAUAUAACGAUCCACAAGUUGAGGAUUUUAAGAAGAUUUUCAAAGAACUCGACCCCAGUAUACCGCUCAUUUGCGUUUGUGGAAACCACGACGUGGGAGAUUCGCCAACACAAGAAUCUUUGCAAAAGUAUAGGAACAAUUUCGGCGAUGACUUCUAUUCUUUUUGGGUUGGAGGAGUUUUCUUUAUAGUUCUCAAUAGUCAGUUUUAUAAAGAUGCCAGUCAGGUAACCAAGCACAAACAGGAACAAGACAACUGGCUAGAUGAACAGCUUGGAUUCGCAAAAACAUGUGGAGCACAACAUGUUGUGGUGUUUCAACACAUUCCUUGGUUUUUUGGCAAUCCUGAUGAGAAUGACGGUUAUUUCAAUAUUAAGAAAAACAUACGCAAACAAAUGCUAACAAAGAUAAAGAACGCAGGAAUUAAAUAUGUUUUUGCAGGUCAUUAUCACAGAAAUGCCGGUGGUUUUGAUGAGGGGUUGGAAAUGGUUGUCACAAGUGCUAUUGGUCAGCAAAUUAACAAUGACAAAGAUUCAGGAAUGAGGAUUGUCAGUGUGGGCUCAGAAAAAAUCACUCAUGAGUAUUAUGAACUGGACAGUGUUCCAAGCAGUGUUACUCUUUAAUCAUCAGCCCAAUCUCAGUGAAAGAGUUUUUAAAACCCAAUACAAUCAUUUUGCAGUCAAAAAAGUGAUCAUUUCAGUAGUUUUAUCCUAAUUAUUGUCAACUUACAUUCUGUAGCUAGCUUGUACUAACAGCUUUACUGCUGCAGUGUCAAUUAUUGUCGGCAUCUGUUUGGAAGUGACAGAAGCAGCAGUAUGCUCCAGAGGAGUGCUGGUUAGUAUGCCUUUAGGCAGAAGAGAUUAACUUACUGGUAUGUUGUGAUUCUGGAAGUAUUUGAUAUGGAGACAAAUUUUCUCUGAUAGUCAAUACAUGUAAUUAUUGUUUUUGUCUCGAAAUCACUCAAGACUACCCUGCAAGACGGAGAUUCCCUUCUCUUUCUGCUUGGCCUAUUACAGUGUUUUGAAAGAGCAUUUCCUUUUUGAGUGCGAAAAUGCGAAACCAUGUGAUUAUUUCCCAUUGACGGUUAUUUAUUACUAUCAUAACAGACUCAUGAAAGAUGAUUCACACCUAGAAAAGUUGCUGAGUUUGUAUUAGAGAUUAUUAUCACUCUAACAUAGAAUAACAGAAAUCUUAUCUUGAAAGCAUUAUGUUCGCAGAGGUAAAUGUGAAUUUGUUACAGUGUACAUUUGGAGCUGCAUGUACAUGCAUGCAAACCAUACAUGAAAAUUUUGGUGACAGCAGAGGCAAAUCUUAUUACCAAUCAAAUGGUGUUUGUGAAAUUUCUAUUGCUUCAGACCAUCAUGUACAAGCCUUUUGGCUUGAUUUUAAUUUAAUAUUACCUGUAUAUACAUAAAUACUGUCAAAUGUGAUCCUUUUGAAUUGUUGUUGUACUUAAACAUCUGGGGUUACUGGAGUAGGAAAUAUAAUGUAAGAUGAAGGGUAUCGCUAAGAGACUUGAAUGGCUGUUUUUGCGGAAAAUCAAUUGUAGAAAUCAUAGCAAUGUGAACAUCAUUUAAACAGUUGACGACAUAACCUUCUAUUAAUUUUUAUUUGUUUUACUCUUUAUUGUCAUACAACAUUGGAUUACUUGUAACCACUGACUUGUUAAGAAAGGCAUCACUACAAGUGAUGAGUGUUUAAUCGACAAUUGGAGAAACUUUCAACAUGUUCAUGUCAUUGUUAUACUGUCAUAAAAAAUGACUUGUGGAAAUUUGAGAUCAUGAGAGAAUAAUUUAGAAAGCAGGAGUGUUGUGACAGUGUGGUUCUUAAUUAGGGGUUAAUUAGUUGUAGUCAUUAUGAUGUAGAUUUAAUCCCACAAAAAUUGAAACAUGCUUUGCUAUAGUUUAUACCCUGAUAAAAAAGAAUGAUGGCUUUUUAACCAAUCACAGCAUGUACAGAAUCAAAAUUGCAUUGUAAAGGACAGCAAUAACAAAGUAUAUUAGAAUCACCAAGUGUUAUUUAAGUCACAUUGUGUAGUAUAUUGCUUUUUCAUCUAUAUUUAAGGGAUUUCAGA